AUGGGAAAAGAAGGCAGAAGGAAGAAUGAAAGACCAAAGCCACGUAAACAGGUUUAUGAUUUACCAAACUUAGUUUACCGAGGUCAAGAAAUAAAUAAAUAUAAAGAACACUCAUUUUCAUAUACGUAUGGCUCAGGUCCUAUGAGACUCUUCGCUCGAUACACGUUACACAGCAUUGUUUUAUUGAUAGAGCAAACAACAAGAAUUUUCCACACAAGAGUCUCUCCUAUUAAACGGUAUGAGGAGAGUCCAUCAAGAUACCUUCAUCCCAGCGGGCACUUGUUUCAACUAUUGGCCGUAGGGAAGCAGCUACAUCACUGUGCCUCAGACGGUUCUUUCAAAUAUUCAACAUCCGAGUUGCUCAGCAUGGACCAGAACUGUACUAGAUAUCGCACACAGAAGGUGUCAUUCGAGUAUACCAGCAGAUAA